AAGGCUCGGAAAUCGGGGUCUACUUGUGGCAUUUCUCCUUCGUGCUUCGGUUUGGUGAGGGUUGCCCGGUUCCGCGCACCCACCCUGCCCGCCGCUAGCUCCAGAAAAGACCGGGAACCCGUAAUUCGCCCCGCCUCGGCGGACACCUGUCUGAGCACCCUGGAGCUGCUGAAGGACGUGCACCUGGGCCUGGCUCUGCCCUGCCACCGUCCUGCCCGACUGGCCCUCCUCUCGGGCCACUACCUUUACUAUCACUACGGCUGCGACGGACUGGACGACCGCGGCUGGGGAUGUGGCUACCGCACGCUGCAGACGCUGUGCUCUUGGCCAGAGGGCCAGUCUUCCGGCGUGCCUGGGCUGGCAGCCAUACAGGCUGCCCUGGAGGACAUGGGCGAUAAGCCCCCCGGGUUCCGGGACUCUCGGGACUGGAUUGGCUGUGUAGAGGCCAGUCUCUGCCUUGAACACUUUGGAGGACUUCAGGGGCGCCUAUGCCACAUGCCCCGUGGAGCCGGACUUCUGGGAGAACUGGAGCGGAUUUAUUCCCACUUCAUGGAGGGCGGCGGCCCAGUAAUGGUGGGAGGGGACGCAGAUGCUCAGUCUAAAGCCUUGCUGGGAAUCUGUGAGGGGCCAGGUCCGGAAGCCUAUAUACUGAUACUGGACCCACACUACUGGGGCACUCCAAAGAACAGUAGCGAACUGCAAGCUGCUGGGUGGGUGGGCUGGCAAAAGGUAAGCAGCGUCUUUGACUCACAUUCCUUUUACAACCUGUGCUUGACCAGACGCACCUGAAUCGACACCCCUGCCUGCACUGUGGGACAGGCUCCAGAACUGAGACUGCUCACAGGUCCCCAGCAGAGAAGUCUCUUCCAUCACCAAAACUCUGGGACAGGGGACAAUGGCAUAGGCACGUGGAUCUGAGUUCAAAGCCAGCCUGGUCUACCCAGCAAGUUCUAGGCUAGCCAGGGUUAGAUGGACACGACCCAAAAAUAAUAAUAAACUGGUACAAUUCAGCUGA